AUGUUAGACCCAUCCUUUAUGGUUGAUCGAAGCUGGCCCUUGCGUUCCACCUUGAUGAGACGAAGUGAAACCUCAGCUUGGUUUUUGAUCGAACACUGUGAGUCGUGGUUGGAGAUGGAAGAUCUUGAAGAUGACAUCCCAGGAGGUGGAGAGGCUGAGUUGAUCGUUUGCAUGCAUGUGAGCAAGGAACCCAUGUCUUCGCUCGGAGUUGAAAAUCUCACUGAGAGCCUGGUUGAGGAUGUAGUUCCAUCUCCCAAGACCCCAGAACUUCCGUACGAUGAGGAUGAGUUGUUCGAUUAUGAACCGUCGCCAGUUGAUGAGCCCGAUGCAGGUGUGAUCAUUCGUGAAGAGCUUGCGUCCCGAGGUGCGUUGUCCGACAUGGAAGAGCCUCUUAGCAAUCCCGUUGCUGAGCCUGCUGACACGCUCACCCUUGAUGGCGUUGUGCUCAACUGUGAGAGUUCGAUUGGUGCCCUGAAAGGAGCUGCUCGAUUGCCCCACAUGCAAUCAAUCCCCGAUGUUCCGUCCAGAGAGCAACAGCUCAUUCACGAGCUUACUCACACGCCAUACGCGGCGUGGUGCAGCCACUGCAUCACCAUGCGAUCUGUUCCGGACAGAUCAGAGGCUACAAAUGCCGCACCACGAGACCUCCCGAGCGUCUCUUUCGAUUUCUGCUAUACCGGGUUCAGUCCUUCCUCGAACGAGCUUGAGCCUGUAGCAGGUGAACCUUCUUCAAGUGCCAAGGACCUACUUUGCUGUCUGAUCGCGCACGAUUCCGCCACUGGUGCCAUCACGGCAAUACCCUGUGAGAGCAAAGGCAGCACGCGAUACCUUGGGGUUGAGCUGAUGAGGUUCAUUCAAUCCUUGGGUCAUGCGACAGUGGAGUUGAGGUGUGAUGCUGAACCAGCUACACUUUCGUUGCAGCGUGCUGUGGUGAAUGCGAGACAGAGGCUGGGAUUGAAGACGGUUGAAAGGAAUCCUCCUGUUGGCCACCACCAAGCCAACGGGUAUGUUGAGAAAGCGGUAGACCUGAUCCGAAGGUUGGCGUGCACUCUCUUGGACAUGGUGAGACAUAAGACUGGAUGCAAGAUCGAUGUUGUGCAUCCUCUCUUCGCAUGGUCUUUUGUGCAUGCUGCAUGGGUCAGGAACAGGUUCGCAGUGGCAGGCGGACUCACAGCGUAUGAGCGUACUUGCAAUGCUGCUUAUACCGGCAAGCUUGUUGCAUAUGGCGAACCAGUGUUUGCACAAGUUCAUGCAAAGAAGAAAGGAGACCCAAAAUGGCUGAAGGCGAUUUUCUUGACCAAGACUAGUCUGAACGACAUGUAUGUGGUUGCAAGCAAAGGUGGUGUUCGAGUCACUCGAUCGGUGAGACGCACAGGUCAAGAGUGGAAGCAUGAUGCUGCUUUGUAUGCCGAUAUUAAGGGUUUUCCUUGGAACUACAGUAGCGGGGUCAUAGGAACUAAGAUGGUUCCCCCUGCCAAGACGAGAAAGGCCUUGCCUGCGCCAAGCAGCCCGCAAGACGUUGCAGCUUCAGAUCCACCUGAGACGCCAGUUCCGAUGGGGUUGACUCCUGCCAUGGGGUCAGACGUAGGCCCUAACCUUGGAACCCCUGCCGAAGCAUUGCCUCCAACACCCGUGGGAGGUAGUGUGGACCCCGAAGCCCCUAAAGUGCCUUUCAGUCGUCCGCCACCGCCAAGCUCCAGGGUGCCCGAAAGUGUUCCAACACCGGGACCUGAGCUUCCAAAUCCUUCACAAAGGCCACAUGUGCCUCCUGCAACAUUCGUGGAAGACCUGCUUCCACUCACAAGUCCAGUGGUGCCAUCAGGCACUGCUAUGGAGACUGAUGAGGCCAGUGAUGUUCUUGAAGAACGUGCUUCAAAAGUUCCGAGAAUCCGAACCGUUUCUUUUGGCAACAAGGACUAUGAUCUUAAUGACGAGCCCUUUGAGUUUGUGGAUGCAGAUUGGUCCGACUUCGAGUUUGUGGACCCCGAUUACGACAAGUGUUCGGGCACCGAACCCGACUCGGCAAUGAAGGACGAGGCGGGGCAGAGCGUUGAUGCCAGUGCUCUAUGGUUUCCAGACAAUGGUUGUGAACCGAAGCUUUCAGAGUCAGAUUUGUUCGAACUUGACAGGAUCGCUGAUGCUGUGGAAGUGAAUAGGCUGAUACAGAAGGGUGUGUUGCGCCCGUCGUCCGAGAAGGACAACGUUUCAUCGAUGAAGAGUCUCUCGACCAAAAUGGUCAGGACUUGGCGGCAGAAGAAGAGGAAUGGGAUGUCACAGUAUCUCCGAAGAUCCAGACUAGUGGCAAGGGAGUACAAGUGGCUUGAGGAGAAACAAGGGCUAUUUUCCCCAAGUACCACGACAAAUAUGGUGAAACUCAUUCCGAUCCUUUUCCUUUGUGGAGAGCGACGAGGCAAGAGCAAUACGCAAUAUGUGCUAUAG